GUUUGGAACCAUCUGUGACUGGAGCCAUGACGCAGCCAGAGCACAUUACUCACUUUUACAGUCACGACUUGGAAAUCCGUGCAGUUUCCAACCAAAAUUACACCGCCACCAUUGAAUUAUUUAAUAGGAUCCAGUUAAGGAUUAGAGCCACCGCAUGCGGGCUCGGCCAGGACGCGCUGUGCCCCCAGCUAAGCGUGCCGAGCCCAGCCGAGCCGUGCCGCUGCUCAAUGUCUGCACCGUGCCAUUGUCUGCAGGAUCCGCAAGCGGUGCCGGGCUUUGUGUGGUAGGUGCACCAUUUUCUACGCUUCCUUCUACCGGAGGGCGAGGGCUGACCGUGCGCGGCGGCCAGCCGCCUCCUCGGCUAGCGGCUGCCCGAUGGAUUUUGCCUCCCCGGCCCCGGGGCUGGGGCUGCGGGGAGCUGCAUGCGGGGCCGGCCCGGGGCUCCGAAACGGCGCCGGGGAGCUGCGGGGCUCGGCGGCGCCGAGGUAACCCUACAGGGUCCCCCUCCACCCCGUUAGGGGGGGAGGCGAGCAAGGACGCGGAGGACGAGCCCACCACACACACACACACACACACACACACACACACACACACACACACGGCCCCGCAAGAAGAAGGUGCGAGCGCUCCGAGAAGAGGUUGGAGGGUGUGGGGGGGGGGGACACCAAACGAGGUGGGAGGAGAAGGGGUGAGUCCAAACAAAGCAACCUAUAGCCUCCUAUUCUGCCGAGCACCAUCAUCAGGUGCGGGCUCUUUCAAACGCACGGGCGGGAAGGGCGGGCGGCGGCGGCGCAGGAGGGGAAACCUCGGCGGUGGCGGCGGCGGCGGAGCCCCCCGGGCCCCCCCCCCUCACCCCGGCGGCCCCCGACCCCCGGCGGCUCCGGGCUCGGCUCCGGGUUCAGCACCGGGGCGCGGACAGCGCCCGGCGGCGGCCCCGGGAGCAGCGCCCGGCCCCGCGCCCCCCCCCCCGGCAAAGCAAAGCGGGGAAGGGGAGGGGAGGGGGGGGACACGGGAGGGAGAGGGGCUCACUAGCGCCGACGGAGAGAGAGGGAGAGCUGCAGCUCGCUAUUGAUUCAGAGAUUUACCGGCAGGGUGAUUCCCCCUUUCUGCAAGAAUUCCCUGUCUCCGGGCUCCGUGCAUGCAGCAAAUUCACGGUGGAGGCGAGCACGCAGCCCUCUCGCUUCAGAGGAAAAGUGGGGAGGAAGGGAAAGAAAUGGACCCAAGCAUGCACUAGAGAAAGACGAGACUCACAGCCACUCUCUGCACCAUGCACAGGAAAGAUCACUACUUACCCGAACGGGAACUCCUCGGCUAGGGGAGGGAGGGAGGGGGAGUUGGGGGGGGGGGGGGGCGAGGAAGGGGACGGGGGGAAUCCGACAAUUAAUUUCCAGACAGGAGUUGGAAAAAAAUACUGCGGUGAUGUCCAGGUUUUCUUCCACCCGCGCUCGCUUUUUAUACAAGUGCAACCCUCUGUCUAUUUCUGGAACGCGAUCAAAACCCUGAUGCUAUUUUUAGCAGGUACUGGGGAAAAAAAUCCACACACAAAGGCAUUUCGCUGGAACGCUACGUCCAAAACAUUAAAUGUGCAUUAAGUCUGCCCCCCCUACACACCAGCACCCCCAACCACGCGUCCCCCUACCCCAGCUUCUUUCUGCACCACCAUCCCCAGUUGCUUUAGGUGCAUCAUUGCAGAGAAUUAGAGAAAAAAAAAAAAAAA